ACGACAAGGUGAACCGAGUGAAGAGAAAGACACACUCAAUGUACCGGAUUUGUAACAAUCUAACACUGGAUUAAUCAUAUGUCCAUUUUGAGUAAAUGGGUCUCUAUAAGAGAGAUCAGUGCUUUUUCUUGAAUUGUUGACCUAAACCGCGUCAAACUUCCCUUUUCGAGCGCACCGAAUUCUUCUUCCUCCUUGUAAAUAUUGAUUUAAACCCACGUUCAGCUGAAGGCGACAAGCGGUGUUUCAUUAAAUUCAGCCGGCGUAGUUUGUAGUACAUCGUUCAAGUGUUUUGGUGUAGAAAAUUGGGCUGUCAAAGGAAAGUCUGUGUCAAGGGAAAGUGUCAAUCUUUAUAUUAUCGACAUGCUUUUCAUGGAAAUUUGAUAUGUUUUUCCAACUUUGUAAUUUUUUACCUGGAGCGCCCUGUGUACUUGACCAUCAUGUGACGACAUGACUACAUUGAAUGUCAUUAUACAUACCAUGGUGGAAUUCGUCAAACAAGCAGUAGCCAGUGCAAACGAUAGUAGAGCAAUGGAUCUUGUCAAGAAUACUACUGACAACAUCACAGAGGUGGUUUCUGAGGACAAAAGUAAGGGAUAUGUUGGAAUGAUCGUACUUAUGUUUAUUUUAGCCUUAUUGUUCAAUAUCUCUGCUCUCAUCAUGAUCAUCAAAUCCUCGAAGUCCCAUAAAUGGAGUGCUUUCUACAGACUUAUGGUGUCGCUGAACAUCACUGACUUAUUCGGUAGUAUCACAAGCUUUCCAGUACUUCUUGCUACGUACGCCAAUAACGUGGAAUUCCAGGGAGGUCAGCAAGUGUGUGACUAUAACGGGUAUAUGAUUAGUUUUGUUUUCUUGGCCUCAGCCUCUAUUGUGGGCACCAUGUCGACAGAAAGAUUCAUUGGAGUAUGGUUCCCAUUCUUCUACAAUAGCAGUGAAGCUAAAGAAAAACGAACGAACGUUAUACUUGGAACCAUUUGGGUCACUGUGGCAUUCAUCGCACUUCUUCCAAUCAUUGGUUUCGGAGAAUACGUUCUACAAUACCCAGGAACUUGGUGCUUCUACAAUUUUAGAGCCACGAAUCUGAGAGACAAAGUUUAUGCGUACUUAUAUUCUGUGAUAUGGAUUUUAAUUAUUCUUUGUACUAUUAUAUUCAAUGUGCUAGUCAUUGUCAAAUUAACAUUGCGGCGAAUAAAUGCAACCGAUAGGAAGAAACAGAAUGGCAAAGCCAACAGAAACGAAAUUUACUCCAUCAUUCUCCUGGUUGUCAUCGUCAUAGUAACAGCCACGUGCGGAAUCCCUCUGGCGAUUCGAGCCAUUGUAAAUGAGAGUGGAUCGAUGAAGGACAAUAAUGCGGACCUACAUGCCAGCAGAAUGGCCUCAUUUAACAUGAUUCUAGAUCCCCUUGUCUACAUUUUCUUCCGAAGGGAGAACCUUGAGUGUUUGUUCCGAUUUAUAAGGAAAAGGCGCGGGAAAUCCGAAAAAUCGUCCGAGGAGUGCAGUAGUACCAGUGCUAAAACUGAUAACACAACUAGAUCUGCGACCAACCUAGAAAAUAUUGACUCUCAGUCAAGUGACGCGAAUAGAUACUGAAUAACUAAGCCAAAGAAUGUCAAAGAUUUCUCGCAUAUGACUUUAUUUUGUUUAAAAGAAAUCCAGCAUUGAGUAUUUCUUGCUCAGAAUAACGACAAAGGAAUGGUCUUGCAAUGCAUAUUCAAGGAACAAAUAUAGUUACGUCAAUAAACAGCUGUGAAAGUAUGCUUUGAAGAUGCAAGUCUAUCCAAAUCUUCGCUUAAGCAUAUUUAGCGACGUAAAAAUGAAGUGGACAAUUUAUCUAACAAACAUGUUCUUUCAAACCAAAGAAGUGCAAAAUACUUGUAUAUGUACGUUCAACAAUAAUUCUACUUGACAAACUACUCCUGGUCUUGAUGUUUUCAAAGAUACUUUGCUGCCAUAAUAUUAUUUUUCUUAUUGUUGUGAUAUACUGAAAAAAAUACGAAAGCCCAGAAGGCUCAUUCGAGAUUCGAGUUU